CCCCCACCGUACAGCCAACCUGUCAGAACAGGAAGGCACUAACUUCCGUGGGACGCGGUGGUUGCCUUGGGGUUACUCCACUUUUUAAAAGGAGUUCAUUUAUAUCAUCGCAAGCUUUGGAUAUACUUCAUAUCGACAACUCAAUUUAACUUCAUACUUAGAGGAAAGCUCAUGUCAGACCCAAACUAACUCGCGGAAGGGAACAGACAGAGGACGAUUUUAUGAAGCUAAGCUAACUAAGGCUACCACUUGAUGGUUACUACAACAGCCACGGGAAGCUCGCUAUUUGGUGGGACUCAACUUUAUUAUCCUCCGCCGCUUGGUUCGUAUAACAUUUCAUGUGCUGCUGAGCAGAUUCAAGCUGUUUGCUGUACUUUAGUAGUACGCUUACAGCUCGUCUUCACCACUGUUCCAAGCUCACUGUUGGGGUCUCGUUUGAAUUUCCCUCCAUCGGUAUUGGUCCGGGGCUCCUCUCCCAGCAACUAGCAGCCCCGUGCUAACUGGGGCUACUGAGCCCGAAUACUAUUACACUAGGCCCACGGAUAAGUACACAUCUUGUCCAUACCUAGGAAAAACAAUACAAGGUUGUAAACAAAGCCUGUUUUCUCUUUUUGAGGUAGAGAGGGAGAGAUCACGGUGCCUUUAGUCCACACUCAGGCACUAAGGAUCGAGACUCAGUCAUGGAUUCAAACUCUGGGAACGCUGCCUCGGGCUCUGCCUCCAAGAAGGACAAGAAGUCCAAGAAAAACUACGAGGACGGAGACACAAAGAAGAAGUUUAAACUCAAACGGCUGAUUCCCGAAGAGCUGGAACGCUUCACCAGCAUGAGGGUGAAGAAGGACAAGGAGCGUGGGGGCCCGGGGCCCACCCAGCGCCACUCCACCAGCUACGAGCCCAGCGGACAGAGCACCGCGCUGCACGACCUGAGUGACGAGUCGGUGCUGGAACUCUUCCAACAGAUGCUGGUGGACAUGAACCUGAACGAGGAGAAGCAGAAGCCUCUGAGACAGAAGGACAUCGGCAUUAAGCGGGAGAUGGUCUCGCGCUACCUCCACACGUCCAAGGCUGGCCAGAGCCAGAAGGAGAGCUCCAGGUCAGCGCAGAUGUACAUCCAAGAGCUGAGGUCAGACAUCAGAGACACUCAGCUACUGGGCUGCCUGGAGUCGCUCAGAGUUUCACUCAACAACAACCCAGUCAGCUGGGUGCAGAACUUUGGUGACGAGGGUCUGGUACUGCUCCUCAGCCUGCUGAAGAAACUACAGGAGGAGAGAGACGAGUACCCAAACGUAUCAGGGAAAUGUCAACACGAGAUCAUCCGGUGUCUCAAGGCCUUCAUGAACAACAAGUACGGUCUGAAAGCCAUGCUGGCCACCGACGAGGGGAUCCCUCUGCUGGUCAGGGCCGUGAACCCCCGGGCGCCUCACAUGAUGGUGGACGCCAUCAAGCUGCUGUCGGCCAUCUGCAUCCUGGACCACAACGACAACCUCCAUGAGCGUGUUCUGGAGGCCAUCACAGAGGAGGCGGAGAGGAAGGACAUCGAGAGGUUUCAGCCUCUCUUGGCGGGGAUGAAACAAAACAGCGUGGCUCUGAAGGGCGGCUGCAUGCAGCUCAUCAACGCCUUGAUCAGCCGGGGAGAGGAGCUGGACUUCAGGGUCCACAUCCGCUCUGAGCUGCUGAGACUGGGACUACGAGACCUCCUGAUGGAUGUCAGGACCAUAGAGAACGAGGAGCUGCGGGUGCAGCUGAAUGUGUUUGACGAGCACGCAGAGGAAGACUCUGAGGAGCUCAAAGCUCGUCUGGACGACAUCCGCAUUGAGAUGGACGACGUGAGGGAGGUGUUCGAGAUACUCUUCAACACGGUGAAGGACUCCAAGGCCGAAGGCCACUUCCUGUCCCUCCUGCAGCACCUGCUGCUGGUCCGCAAUGAUUACCUGGCCAGGCCCCAGUACUACAAGCUGAUGGACGAGUGCGUGGCCCAGAUCGUGCUGCACCGGAACGGCGCCGACCCGGACUUCAAGUGCCGCAACCUCCGGCUGGACAUCGAGGGAUUGAUAGACAACAUGGUGGACCAGACCAAGGUGAAGACCAGCGAGGCCAAGGCCGUUGAGCUGGAGAAGAAGGUACACACACACACGUACACACAUACGUACGCACACAUGCACACACUUCCCCGCAUGUACGCACUCCCACGCAUACACUACUUCUGCACCAUGUAACCGACGCUGCCUACAUCGUCCUUCACUCGGGGAAAGUACAUACAUACAUCAAGGCACACGUGCACGCACCGCCUACGGCACUGCGCUCC